CCAUGUACAGCCUGCCUUCACGUGUUGUUCGUUAGAGAUAACAGAGGUGGCGGGAGUUGGGGCUCUCAAGGCUUGGAUGAAUGGGGGCACCAAAUGAAGCAAGGACCUAGACCGUAUCUCAUCAAUUCCCAUGAGUCAUUGGUCCGAGAUUUGGAGGUAUGAAACGCACGAAGGGCGUACUUUAGUCCUUUGUGCGUCUUGUAUCGCCCCUUGGGAUCUCCGUCCCGCCAGCCCUGCCACCUUGCUAAAUAUAAUGGGCUACCCCCUUACUCUCCUUGAAUGCUGCCCAUGGAAAGUGGUCUACAAUAAUACGAGAAGUAUACCUUUACCCUUGAUAAAACACAAAAAGGGUGACAGGUGUAGCCGACCUAUGUCAUUUCAAGCUUCAAAAUGCUGCCUUGUGAUCGUCGAUCCCUACUCUCGCCGUAAAACAUACUAGUGACGCACGGUGUCUGCAUAUUCGACAGCCAUCACUCUUUCUGCUGCCUGCUGCAACGGACUUCUAUAUCUAAAGGGGUUAAUCUCCGAUGAAGUGUCUAUUUGCAGUUAGCGGGGUCGAUAUGGUAGCCCUAGCGUGGGUAUCUCCAAAGGAGGAUACGAAGUAGAGACGUGAUAUGGCUUGUUCACCAAAAACCUUGCAAGUACAUUGGUUAAAAAUAUAUGCGGCAGCCAGGUGGAAUUCGGACAUAAACACUGCAGGUCCUAAGCCCUAGUGUGGUUCGACCCCUUGUUCAUCAUCUUGCCUGGGAUUUCCGUUUUAUUACCCGUAAGGUUGGAAAAAAUGAGGGAAGCCGUGUGCCAAGGGGAAUGCCUCAGCCUUUACUUUAUUAGACUUGUAAUAAAAGAGCUUCGAUAGCCUUGAAGUACCCCUUCUAACCGUACCUGACCUCAUACAAACUUGGUUUGCGG